AUGGCCGACCAAAAGGCACUAAAGUACUAUCCUGCUGAGGAGGAGGCGCAGAUGAAGAAGGCGCGCAAAACCGCACACCCGACCAAAUACCGCGACUCACUCACCCCCGGAACCGUCUUGAUCCUCCUCUCGGGCCGCUUCCGUGGCAAGCGCGUCGUUCUCCUGCGCCAACUCGAGCAGGGCAUCCUCCUCAUCACCGGCCCCUUCAAAUCCAACGGUGUCCCUCUGCGCCGCGUAAACCACCGCUACGUCAUUGCCACCUCGACCAUCGUUGACAUCUCCGCCGUAGACGCCGACGUCAUUUCGCGUGUAUCCAAGGACGAGUACUGGGCGCGUGAGAAGAAGGACGAAGAUGACUUCUUCAAGGAGGGCAGUGAGACGCCUGCCAAGAAGGAAGUGGAUCCCCAGCGGAUUGAGGAUCAGAAGGCUGUGGAUAAGAGUAUCAUGGCUAGUAUUAAGAAGACUCCUGAUCUGGAGGCUUACCUGAGCGCGAGCUUCAGCCUCCGGGGCAACGAGAGGCCGCAUGAGAUGGUUUUCUAA